UGCGUCUAGCAAUGACUUACAAUGUUCAAGGAUACUCUGUUCGACAAGACUUUCUCUAUCGCAACCGUUUCCCCCUGCUCGCUAUUUUCUUGUCGUGGAGUGGUUUUGAAAGCCCGUUUGCUUCAAAUCUAAUCAGAUUAACGCUGGAAGAACAUUAUCGUCGGGAUAAAAGCAGGGUGCUUACAUAUAAUGACGCGAGCCCUGAGAGCCGGGAAUAAUUGUCCACAAGCUAUGACCCCUUCGUUCGAUUGGAUGCGUGAGUUCAACUAUGAGGGAAAUCUGUUGAUAUUCGUCAACACACAUUCUGACACGAAGACGGGCAAUCUCGUUGUAUCUGGAAACGAGAAAAAUCCAAUGUCCAUUCCAAUUUAUGAGCUUCUUUCAAAGUACAUUGGGGAUCAUAAUUUGAGAGCUGCAACGCAUGCGAUCUCCGCAAUCAACAAGAAAGCAGGUGUUGGUCCAUGCAUUCGAGGGCUUGUCAUCUGCGCAUGCGGAUCCACGGGAAGACUUGAUGACAGUGCACUGUUGUUAACACGAUUCGUGAAAGAGGAUAUCUUCGAUUUUGUGCUUACAUUUUUGAGUGUAUCGACAAUGGAUCCAGUGGUCGUUCCUGCGUUGAAUCGCUUUAUCGAGAACGUGUAUGUAUACGGCUUGCAGAUGUGGGACGCGCUGGAGGAAUCAUUUGGUGAAGAUAGACACGCCCUCAACCAAUCACCCGUAUUUCUGUCAUUCGCUGAGAUGAAGACCAAUGGAGACAAAGUGCGACAACGUACCGUCCACACCAGGGUCCUAGCAUACUCCAAUCUCAGAGACGGGCGGCCUUGGGGCCUUGACAUAUACCGGUGUUUGAGUGCCGCGUGCAACGCACCUGCCUACAACAUAAUUUUUCAUCCACACGGAAAGCAAUACUACGGGAAGCAAUGGGUGCAGACAAAGAUUAAAUAUGAAUGUCUGGAAUGCGGCGUUGUCCAGAAAGCCAUUUCAUGUCCACCUUGGAUACAUGCAGCGCGGUCUCAAAACUAUGGACGUGUUUGGUAUGAGUGGCCACUCAGCGCUGAGCACAAAAGAGACAUCGGAAUCAUAUGCUGACCAUGGUACGAUACAUUUUAUUUUUAUGUCAUGCAAUGUGUCGAUGACUGUGUUUUGAUAUUGACUUUCUGCGUUUGAAGAUGUCAUGUUUCGUUUACUCAUCUGCAUACUUCUCACGCAAAGUCGAUAUCCCUCCCUGCUCGAGGUUCUUUUUACGAUUUAGAUCACUAUAGUAUGUAUAAUGUGCCAUUUUGUCGCAUACAUUCUAAUAUAUAUAAGCACGGAAUGUCUGAUCCCAUGGAACCAAUUCGCGUCU